ACAGCCCUUUGUGCUGUGAGACUCUCAGAGCCAUUAAAGUGCGCUUAAGCUGAGAAGUUAGUGGUUUUACUGCCCAGCUGUGGACUCGUAUCGGUCACAUAGCGAAACUGUGAGGUCAGUGGGAGCUGGGCUACGUGACAGGCUGAGUGACGGUGACCUGUAGCAGAACCCUGAGGGGGGUUAGGGGUGGAGACAUGGCGAGAAUCAGCCAGGUCCGGCUCCUGCUGUGGAAAAACUGGACUGUCCGAAAGAGGCAGAAGAUGCGCUUCUUCAUGGAGAUCAUGUGGCCAGUCAUGCUGUUCAUCGGGCUCGUCUGGUUAAGGAAAGCUAAUCCACUGUACCGUCAGCAUGAAUGUCAUUUUCCAAACAAAGCCAUGCCCUCUGCUGGAAUCCUCCCGUGGAUCCAGGGGAUCUUUUGCAAUGCCAACAACCCCUGCUUCCAGCACCCAACCCGCGGAGAGUCUCCCGGCUUUGUGUCCAACUACAACAACUCCAUUCUGGCUCGUUUCUGGGCAGACACACAGGAGCUCCUUCUGAGUGACCCCGAGUUCCUGCAGCUGGGGAGAGUGUGGAGUGAGCUGACCACCAUGAGCAAGUUCAUGAGAACUCUCCGGAUACAUCCUGAAUGGAUUGAAGGUCUGGGGAUCACAGUGGAGGACAUUCUGAAGGACGACGAAAUGCUCACCUCUUAUCUGCUGCGAGACAUUCCUCUCUCAGCGUCUGUGGUCAAUCAACUGGUCAAAGCCAAGAUCAGACCAGAACAGUUUGCCUAUGGUGUUCCUGACCUUAGGCUGAGGGAUAUCUCCUGCAGUCAGGCUCUUCUGGAGCGUUUCUUGAUCUUCCCGAGCCGUCGGGGCGUCUACGCCGUCCUCAAUGCCCUGUGCCCCCUUAAACCUCAUCAGCUGGAGAGCAUUGAGGAGAAGUUUUACACCAACGUGGACCUGUUUAAACUUCUGCGUCUGCUCCCGCGUCUUCUGGAUGAAUACUCCAGCGGCAUUGACCUGCACUUCUGGGCCCGUGCGCUGUCUGCUGUGUCCGGAAAGCUCAGAGUGUUAUUUGAGAGGAGCAGUUUCAAAGAGCUUGUUCAGGUGCUGUGGCCCCUGUUCCAGUCCCCGGGAAACCCCUCCUUCAGCCAGCUGAUGGCCGCCGCCUCCAGCCUAAUCUGCGGCUACACGGAGGGAGCUUUUUCCAGAGUGACCUCCUUCAACUGGUACGAAGACAACAACUACAAGGCCUUUCUGGGCAUCAACAACACCCGGAGCCAGGGAGAACACUCCUAUGACCCCUCCGCUACUUCAUUUUGUAAUAAUGUUAUGAAGGAUUUGGAGUCUAGUCCGGCAACCAGGCUUGUGUGGAACACGCUGAAGCCGUUCCUGAUGGGGAAGAUCCUGUACAGUCCUGACUCACCCGCCAUCCGUCAGCUCAUCAAGAACGCCAACUCCACGUUUGAGGAGCUGGAGAGAUUGAGGAACAUCAUCAGGUCGUGGGAGGAGGUGGGUCCACAGCUGUGGGACUUCUUCCAGGACAACAUCCAGAUGGACAUGCUACGGGACAUCAUGAGGAACCCCUCAGUGAUGGACUACAUGGACCGGGGUCUGAAGGACAGCAAGCUGACUGUCAGGCACAUCCUCAACUUCCUGUACACCGGCCCGGAGGAGGAGCGGGACGCCGGCAUGGUCCGCUUUGACUGGAGGAACAUCUUCAACCUGACUGACAGAGCGCUGCGGAUGAUCAGUCAGUAUGGAGAGUGUCUAGUUCUGGAUAAGUUCGUGGGUCUCCCGGAUGAGAACCAGCUGACCCACCAAGCUCUGGACCUGAUCUCUGAGAAUAAGUUUUGGGCCGGCCUGGUCUUUGUGGACAUGCACCCCUGGACCACCAAAAUCCCUCCCCAUGUCAAGUUCAAGAUCCGCAUGGACAUCGACGCUGUGGAGCGCACCAACAAGAUCAAAGACAGGUACUGGGAUCCUGGUCCUCGAGCUGACCCCAUGGAUGACCUCCGCUAUGUGUGGGGAGGGUUUGCCUAUCUGCAGGAUAUGGUGGAGCAAGCGGUCAUAAAGACCCACACGGGGAAAGAAUGGCCUCUGGGCGUCUAUCUGCAGCAGAUGCCUUACCCAUGCUAUGUGGAUGACCUGUUCAUGCUGACGCUGAGCCGCUGUUUCCCCAUCUUCAUUGUGCUGGCGUGGGUGUACUCGGUCUCCAUGAUGGUGAAGAGCAUCGUGCUGGAGAAGGAGAUGAGGCUGAAGGAGACCCUGAAGGCCAUGGGCGUCACUAACGAGGUUCUCUGGUGCGCCUGGUUCAUCGACAGCUUCCUCAUGAUGGCCGCCAGCACCGCCCUUCUCACUGCCAUCAUCAUGGGAGGGAAGGUUCUGAACUACAGCAAUCCCAUCAUCCUCUUCCUCUUCCUCCUCACCUUCACCACGGCCACCAUCAUGCAGUGUUUCCUGAUGACUGUUUUCUUCAACAAGGCCAACUUGGCGGCGGCCUGCAGCGGGAUCCUCUACUUCAGCUUCUAUCUACCCCACCUUGCCUGCUUCACCUGGCAAGACCGCAUCACCAAGGACAUGAAGAUCAUGGCAAGCCUGCUCUCCCAGGUGGCGUUCGGUUUUGGGACGGAGUACCUCUCCCGCUAUGAAGAGCAGGGCCUGGGGCUGCAGUGGGACAAUAUUCACACCAGCCCACUAGAAGGAGAUGAGUUUUCCUUCCACACCUCCAUCAUCAUGAUGCUGCUGGACACUGUGCUCUAUGCUGUUCUUGCCUGGUAUCUCGACAGUGUGUUCCCAGGACAGUACGGCAUUGGCAGACCUUUUUAUUUCCCUAUUCAGCCAUCCUAUUGGCUGAACCUCACUGAUUCUCCAAAACCAGACCCUGAGAAGCCAGAGGUGGUGAGUCCAGCAACUGACAACACAGCAAAGCAAGUUGAAGAAAAUGCUAAUAAUCUUGCCCAACCUAAUGAGGAGCAGAAGGUCCAACCUCCGGAACCACCGGCAUCCUGCAAACAUGGAGAGCGACGGGAGAAACUGGAGCUGCACAAAAAGCUGGAUGAGGAGGAAAGCAGUUACCAGAACCAGAGUAUUAUGUCUGGAGAGAAGAUGUUCUUUGAAGCAGAGCCGAGCGGCCUGGUGGUGGGUGUGCGUGUGGAGAACUUGGUCAAAAUGUUCAGCGGCAGCUCCAAACCUGCUGUGGAUGGCCUGAGCAUCACCUUCUACGAAGGCCAAAUCACUGCCUUCCUCGGUCAUAACGGAGCCGGGAAGACAACCACCAUGUCUAUACUUACUGGAUUGUUCCCUCCUACUUCGGGCACGGCCUACAUCUAUGGCAGGGACAUUCGCACAGAAAUGGACACGAUCCGCCAGUCUCUGGGCAUGUGCCCUCAGCACAACAUCAUCUUCCACCACAUGACGGUAGCUGAGCACAUCCUGUUCUACUCUCUGCUGAAGGGUCGGCCGCUAGCCGAGGCUCAGCAGGAGGUGGAGAACAUGCUGGAAGACUUUGGCUUACCACACAAGAGAAACGAACAGACCCAGAACCUCUCAGGAGGGCUGCAGAGGAAGCUGUCUGUUGCCAUGGCAUUUGUGGGUGGAGCUAAAGUGGUUUUCCUGGACGAGCCGACUUCAGGGGUGGAUCCGUAUUCCAGACGCUCCAUCUGGGACCUGCUGCUCAAAUACCGCCCAGGUCGUACUGUGAUCCUCUCUACGCACCACAUGGAUGAGGCUGACCUGCUGAGCGACCGCGUGGCUAUAAUAUCUCAAGGCCGCCUGCACUGCUGCGGCUCUCCGCUCUUCCUCAAGAGCAUGCUGGGGGCUGGAUUCUACCUCACACUCGUCCGCCGCAUGAAGGACGACACACUGUCCACCAGGAAGGAGGGCCAGUGUGAUUGUAAGGAUGAAUGCUCCUGUAAGUGCUCCGUCUGUACAGAAUAUAAAGACAGCGUUUGCACCCAGCCCAAAGCCACCGGACGACAGAUGGACGGGGAUGUGGACACCAUCACAACUCUGGUGCACCACCAUGUGCCUGAGGCCAGGCUGGUCGAGGCUGUGGGGCAGGAGCUGACCUUCCUGCUGCCCAGUCGGGGCUUUAAACACCGGGCUUACGCCAGCCUCUUCAGGGAGCUGGAGGAAACGCUGGCGGACAUCGGCCUCAGCAGCUUUGGAGUGUCCGACACAUCACUGGAGGAGAUCUUUCUAAAAGUCACAGCUGAAGGAGAAACCGCUCAUGGAAAAUCAGUAUCUGACAUGAAGGCAUGCGUUAAUGGUCAGACGCUCUCCAACGGCUCGGCCAGCAGAGGGGGCGAAGGCUCCAGGCAGGUGAAAGGUGUGUCUCUGGUGGUGAAGCAGUUCUUUGCUCUGCUCAUCAAGCGGUUCCACCACACCACGCGCUCUGGGAAGGAUUUCCUCGCCCAGAUUGUUCUGCCAGCCAGUUUUGUUCUGGUUUCUCUGAUGUUCACCCUCAUCGUCCCCCCGUUUGGAGAGUAUCCCAGCCUGACCCUGAGCCCGUGGAUGUACGGCCGACAGUUUACUUUCUUCAGUAACGAGCAGAUGGAGAUGGUGGACAUGAAGUAUUUUGCUGAUGUGCUUUUAAACAGGCCUGGAUUCGGGACACGCUGCAUGGUGGAUGAACCUCUAAAGGAGUACCCGUGCAAUAACAUCACUACAGAGUGGGAGACGCCCCUGGUCAACCCUGCUCUUAUCGACAUGUUGGCCGAUCCGCAGUGGACGGAGCUCAGGCCGUCUCCAGACUGUCAGUGCAGCACUCCCAGCAAACUCACCAUGUUGCCUGUUUGCCCUGAGGGAGCAGGGGGGCUGCCCCCACCACAGAGAAUUCAGUCUACUGGUGAUGUACUAAUAGAUUUAACUGGGAGGAACAUUUCGGACUAUCUGGUGAAGACUUACCCAACGCUCAUCAGAACAAGUUUGAAGAGCAAGUACUGGGUGAACGAACAAAGGUACGGAGGCAUUUCUGUAGGGGGGCGGCUGCCUGUCGUGGGUGUGAGCCCCAAAAUGAUUCAAGACACUGCAGAAGAAAUGGGACGGCUGCUUAACAUAACAGGGGGAAAACACUUAAAAGUCGCUCUCAGGGAUAUUGGUACGUUCCUAAGAUAUAUGGAAACUGAAUAUAAUGUCAAGGUGUGGUAUAACAAUAAAGGUUGGCAUGCCGUGGUGGCCUUCCUGAACGUGGCCAACAACGCCAUCCUCAGAGCCAACCUUCCCACCAAUGCCAACCCCAGCGAAUACGGCAUCACCGUGAUCAAUCACCCGCUCAACCUCACCAAAGAGCAGCUCUCCGAGGUCACCGUCCUGACCACCUCAGUGGACGCUGUGGUGGCCAUGUGCGUGAUCUUUGCCAUGUCCUUCGUGCCAGCCAGUUUUGUCCUGUACCUGAUCCAGGAGAGGGUGACCCAGGCCAAGCAUCUGCAGUUUGUGAGCGGGGUCAGUCCGCUGGUCUACUGGACAGCCAACUUCCUCUGGGACAUGAUCAGCUACUCUGUCAGUGUGGCCCUGGUCGUGAAGAUUUUUAUCAACUUUGAUAAAAAGUGCUACACCUCCCCUGCGAACCUGCACGCGCUGAUAGCCCUGCUGAUGCUGUAUGGCUGGUCCGUCACUCCGAUGAUGUAUCCCAUGUCGUAUGUGUUCAGCGUCCCCAGUACAGCCUAUGUGUCUCUGUCCUGCCUUAACCUGUUCAUUGGGAUCAAUAGCAGCGCUAUCACCUUCAUCCUGGACCUGUUCGACAGCACAACCACUCUGUAUAUGUUUAAUCAGAUGCUGAAGAAAGUGCUUCUGAUCUUUCCUCACUUCUGUCUGGGCCGAGGUCUGAUAGACAUGGCCGUAAACCAGGCAGUGAUGGAUGUCUAUGCACGCUUUGGAGAGGACUACAGCCUGGACCCCUUUAGCUGGGACUUUGUGGGGAAGAAUGUGGCGUUCAUGGCUGCGGAGGGUUUCGUCUACUUUAUUCUGAACAUGCUUAUCCAGUACCGGUUCUUCCUCGAACACUGGAUGCCGGACUGUAAGAAGCCGCUGGUGAUGGACGAGGAUCUGGACGUGGCUGAAGAGAGAGAGAGGAUCUACAGAGGAGGGAGCAGCAGUGACAUCCUGCACAUCAAAGACUUAUCCAAGACGUACUCUGGGGGCACUAAACCGGCGGUGGACAGGAUCUGUGUGGGAGUGUCUCCAGGAGAGUGCUUUGGGCUUCUGGGUGUCAACGGUGCUGGGAAAACAACCACGUUCAAAAUGCUCACUGGGGACAUCGACGUGAGCUCAGGGGAGGCUGCUGUCACUGGUUAUAGCAUCCUGACCAACAUCCUGGAUGUGUAUCAGAACAUGGGUUACUGUCCUCAGUUUGAUGCCAUAGAUGAUCUGCUGACCGGCAGAGAACAUCUACAUCUCUACGCGCGGCUCAGAGGAGUCCCAGAGUCCGAGAUCAGCAGGGUGGCUGACUGGGCGAUCCAGAAGCUGGGUCUGUUUCAGUACGCGGGUUACAGUGCUGGAACCUACAGCGGGGGAAACAAGCGCAAGCUGUCCACUGCAAUCGCCAUGAUCGGCUGUCCUGCUCUCGUACUGCUGGACGAGCCGACCACUGGAAUGGACCCCCACUCUCGGCGCUUCCUGUGGAACUCCAUUAUGAGUGUGAUUCAGGACGGGAGGGCUGUGGUUCUCACAUCUCAUAGUAUGGAAGAAUGUGAGGCCCUCUGCACACGUUUGGCCAUCAUGGUGAACGGGACCUUCAAGUGUCUGGGCACCAUUCAGCACCUCAAAUACAAAUUUGGCGACGGUUAUGUGGUCACCAUGAAGAUCAGGGCAGCUAAAGCAGGCACGGUGCCAGACCUGAACCCAGCCGAGGCCUUUAUGGAGAACACGUUCCCGGGCUGUGUCCAGCGGGAGAAACACUACAACACCCUGCAGUAUGAAGUGGCCUCCUCCUCUCUCGCCCGCAUAUUCCAGCUAGUCCUGACCAACAAGGAGAAACUCAACAUCGAGGAUUACUCCGUGACCCAGACGACACUGGACCAGGUGUUUGUGAACUUUGCCAAGCAGCAGUCUGGAGAGGAAGACGCCAUAGUGCUUCAUCCACGGGCUGCAGGGGCCAGAUGGAACAGAGUCAUGCCUGAGAAAGUGACCACCUGAGGAGGCUGAUUGAAAACGUGCUUGGUACUAAAAAGCCUGGCAAACCGUCGUAUCCGAGAGAAAAGAAGAGAUUUUUCAGGUUGUUCUGUGAGACUUUGUUUUGCUGCACACUUUCCUCGCUUGGCCUUCCAUAGUUAUGCAACUGAAGCUGCAACCAUAUAGACAUCCAAAAAAAAAGACACACAGGGUAGCCUGCCAAAUACAGUAGCACUUUAUUGACUUUUUUACCAAUCUAUUUUUUUAUCGAACAAUAGAUCAUUGCAAAUCCUCUUGCGGUUAUGAAAUGCAUAUUGCAUUAUGUGACAUUUUGCAAACCUCUGAUGAAUGUUUCCUUUUCUGCCAAUAUAGAUUUACAUAUAUUUAGUCAGAUUAUGAGCGCUUAGUGUUCAUAUACACCGAUCAGGCAUAACAUUAUGACCACC